UAUUUUCCCUUUUGUUAUUGGCCGAAGAAGACACGUGAUACAUCCAUGUGGUGGGGCAAAUAACACAUGCUUGGAAAAUAUUAAAAUAACAAAAUGCCUGGAAGAAAGAAGCAGUUUAUCAACAAGAAGGAGGCGAUUACUUUCCAUCUUGUGCACAGAAGUCAGAAGGACCCCCUCCUGGUCAGCGACGAGGCCUCCCAACAUGUGCUUGUUCAAGGGCAUGACAAGAAUAAAGAAAGCCUGCAAGAGGAGCAGAGGAAGUUUGGUGUGUUUUUCGAUGACGACUAUGACUAUAUGCAGCACCUCAAAGACACAAAUGAAAUCUAUGAAGUGGAAAUGGUGGAGAGGAUCGAAGCCGAAGAGAUGGAGCAGGUUCGGCCGAGAAUCAACAUUCCAUCGAGUGCGUUGCCAUCCGAGUAUGAGAAACCAGUGGGCCUACUCAACGAGGCAGUUCCAGUGAAAGGUCCCAGACCUGACUGGGACCCGGACAUAGUGGAGGCACUGGAUGAUGACUUUGAUUUCGAAGAUCCGGACAAUCAGUUGGAGGAUGAUUUCAUCCAGAUGGCUAAUACAGGGGACAUGCAGCAGGAUGGUGAUGAAGGGAGUGACCUUGAGAAUGUCAGUGACCUUGACAGUGAUGCUGAACCAAUGUCAGACAAUGAUGACUUUGAUGGAGCCUACAAGUAUGGGGACAAAAUGUUCAUGGACGAGGAAACAAAGUCACGGUUCACAAACUACUCAAUGUCCUCGAGUGUGAUUCGAAGAAACGAAGGACUCACCUUGUUAGAUGAUCGCUUUGAAAAGCUGUUUGCUGAGUAUGAUGAUGCAGAGAUAGGAGCUCUAGACCAGGAGGAGAUAGACGGCAACCUUAGGUCUGGUAGCAAGGUGCUAGACUCUAUCCUGGAGGAAUUUGAGCGGAAACAGAAUCUCAAGAAGUUGAAGGAGGUGGUUGACGAGAGGGAGGCUGAAGAAUCUGUUGCUGUAGAAACGGAUGAGUCAUCGGAGGAGUCGGACACAGAGCUGGUAACGCUAGAGGUGAAGCCAGAGGAGAGGUGGGACUGUGAGUCAAUCCUUUCCACGUACUCCAACCUCUACAACCAUCCCCGUCUGAUCUCCGAGCCUGCUAAGGUAAAAAAUCGUGAGAUCAAACUCAAGCAUGGUAUCCCUGAAGACUCUAUAGCGACCCGAGGGUUGACUGUAGAUGAAAUAAACCAGUUGAAUCGCAAAGACCCGAUGGACAAAGUGAGCACCUACAGGCCAAAAGAUGAGACAGCUGAGGAACGGGCUGAGAGGAAGAGGGCAGUGAAGGAGGAACGCAGGGAAAGAAGACAAGAAAAGAAACUAAACAAGAAAGCCUUUACCAAGGAGAAGAUUAGACAGGAUAGAGAACUCAUCAAUGUAAAUAUGAACUUGAAAGGCAUUAAAAUUGUGUGAAAACUGUCAAGUGUGCUGAAUCUGUAUUUCAUUGACAUGGUGAACAUUGGAGGGCUUAAAAUAUUGAAUGUGGAAAUCAAUAUUUAGUCUUUAAUGCUGUUAUAUAAAUGUUACUGAAUGGGAGAUAAAUGCAGUGAUGCAUCUUAAAGAGUGCAUAUGUAACUUCUUUACAUAAUAAUAAUACUACACAUAUGGUCUGUGUAACUAAGCAAUAUCAUGUGAUAAUAAUAGUUAUACCCCCACAAACGAAGCUUAGGGGGGUAUAUAGGAGUGAACUUGUCGGUCGGUCGGUAUUAAGUGUCUGCUCUCUAAAUCAAGUAGUUUUCAUCCGAUCUUCACCAAACUUGGUCAGAAGUUGUAUCUACAUGAUGUCUAGGCCAAGUUCGAACAUGGGCCUUGCCGGGUAAAAAACAAGGUCAGGGGGUCACUUAGUGCGUUUUAAACAUUCAGCAUGUUGUCCGCUCUCUUAUUCAAGUAGUUUUCAUCCGAUCUUCACCAAACUUGGUCAGAAAGUGUAUCUAGAUGAUCUUAAGGCCAAGUUCGAACAUGGGCCUUGUCGGGUCAAAAACUAGGUAAUGGGGUCACUUAGUGUGUUUCUUAACAUUCAGCAUGGUCUCCUCUUUCUUAUUCAAGUAGUUUUCAUCCGAUUUUCACCAAACUUGGUCAGUAGUUUUAUCUAGAUGAUCUGAAGGCCAAGUUCGAACAUGGGCCAUGCCAGAUCAAAAACUAGGUCACAUGGUCACUUUGUACGUUUUACACAUUGAGGAUGGUGUCCGCUCUCUAUUUCAAGUAGUUUAAAUCCGAUCUUCACCACACUUGGUCAGAAGUUGUAACUAGAUGAUGUGUAGGUCAAGUUCGAACAUGGGCCAUGCCGGGUCAAAAACUAGGUCAUUGGGUCACUUAGUGUGUUUUAAACCUCGCCAUGUUGUUCCCUCUCUAAUUCAAGUAGUUUUUAUCCAAUCUUCACCAAAAUUGGUCAGAAGUUGUAUCUUGAUAAUGUCUAGGGCAAGCUUGAAUAUGGGUCAUGCCAGGUCAUAAACAAGGUCACGGGGUCACUUAGUGCGUUUUAAGCAUCACAAUGUUGUCCGCUCUCUAAUUCAGGUAGUUUUCAUCCAAUCUUCACCAAACUUGGUCAGAAGUUGUAUCUAGAUGAUGUCUAGGUCAAGUUUGAAUAUGGAUCAUGCCGGGUCAAAAACUAGGUCACGGGGUCUUAGUGCGUUUUAAACCUCACCAUGUUGUCCGCUCUCUAAUUCAAGUAGUUCUCAUCCAAUCCUCACCAAACUUGGUCACAAGUUUUAUCUAAAUGGUCUCUAGGACAAGUUUGAAUAUGGGCCAUUCCGGGCCAAAAACUAGGUCACGGGGUCACUUAGUGCGUUUUUAACAUUCAGCAUGGUGUCCGCUCUCUAAUUCAAGUAGUUUACAUCCGAUCUUCACCAAACUUGGUCAGAAGUUUUAUGGAGAUAAUCUUAAGGCCAAGAUAGAACAUGGGCCUUUCUGGGUCAAAAACUGGGUCAAGGGGUUACUUAGUGCGUUUUAAAAAUUUAGCAUGGUGUCCGCUGUUUUUUUGUGAAGACGACAUGCAAAAUAUUAUGUGUCAAUGCGGCAUGUGGGAGUAUUCGUCACGUCUGUGACAAAGCUCUAUUUUUCUCUGAAUUAUUAUAAGAUAUUUCAAAUGUAGAGUUAAUAGUAGUUUUAUUGUAUGACUUAAAAUAAAUGCAAGCUGAUGAUAAUGAAACAAAAAACAUGUGCCCAUUGAUUGGUUUUAAUUAUACUAUCAAUAACAAGAGGGCCAUGAUUGCCAUUGAUUGCUCACCUGAGAUUGACAAGAUUGUGCAGCUUCUAAAUGCACAACAUAUUGAAUGUGGCUCUGUCAUGCAGACUUAAAACAUUAGAAGUCCUGUGUACAAAUUAAAAGCUUCUGGUUCUGAAUAGAGGGUAAAUGUGUCUUUCUGUAAAAUAAGUUAUAUUGUUAAUGUAGACGAUACCUACAGAGACUUCUAUACAGUUUAUUCAACAUCCAUCUGGUGCUUUCAGAGAAGUUAAUUGAAGAAAAAUGUUAAAAUGGAAAGACAUCAUGUUAAUUGGCCAUGGACUUAAUCCUGUUCAAAGCCUUAUUUACCAAUCCAUUCUUAGACUGGAAUAUAGAAUGGAUAAACCCUUUACCACUUAGAUACGUACUUCCACCUACUUUUAGUCCCCUAGAAAGUAAAAUAUAAUAAAAGACCUUUCUUACUAAAUUCAAGUUUUUAAGGCUUCAUUUCCAACUAGUACUGAUGAGCAGAAAACAGCAUAAAACUUGAACAGAAUAAGAGUUACUUGCAGGCUGUUCUGGUUUUAUGCUGUUUGCCAUUUUCACUUUGCUUCUGAGUGGGAAAGGGAACCAAGAUUAUGUGCUCAGCAUAAAAAUAUGACAAACUAAAAAUGUUGCAUACGUCAUAAAUAAAUUAUUAUAAAUGAAGAUUUGUUUAAAUAGAGCUGUUGAAGUUCUUGCCAUAUUAAACCAUAUUAUACUAUUACAGCAAUACAGUUUAAAGAAUAUUCUUUAUUAUUAGACUUAUAUCUAAGCAUUGUUUGGUGAAUAAUGACCUAUGUGACUAUAAAAAAGCAUCAUCAAACAAUCUUCAGGAAGUUAUUUAUUGCUUUAGCGUAAAUUUUGUUUGUAAUUGCUAAAUUUUAUUAUUGCUUUACAAAUUCAUUUGGAGAUAAUGUUUUGAAAUAGUCUGUUACUAACCAUGUACUAGUAUGACAUAAUUGUUGUAAUAAACAAGUUUGUUUCUUCUAAAUGGGCAUGGUUUAUGUCUCGUUAUGCAUUACAGUGUGGCAGAGCCUGUUUGAUUACAUUAUUUAUUUGACAUUUUAUAAUGUUUAAAAUAAUGUGCAUACUUGUAUGUGAAUGUACAUUCUGUUAUAACUGAAAUCAUUUGUUAAGCCGAUAUUUUUGAAAUAAAAAUGAUUGAAGUUUA